AUGAGGUUGGGAAGCAUAAUUGUAUUCGUCGCCCUCUGCUCGUUCACAGCUUAUUAUAUUUAUGAGCCCAUUCCCGAGGAGAUAGAGGAGAAAUGGAAACUCAUGCUGACCAACUGCUUCUUCAGAAGUCUCAGCCACCUGGCGGACCUCAGUGAAUUACUGGGGCUGAAGGACUACAUGGGGGUAAUGUACAUCAUUACUCUGGCCGAAGGGGUGGCGCCCGUGUCCGACGAGCACGUCAAGGUGACGGAUGAAAACUUUGACGGAGUGGAGGUGGUGCUCUACCAGCCGAAGCAACAGGGCGAUGGCGGAGAACUCAGGAGAGCAAUCAUAUACCUGCACGGGGGAGGAUGGUGUCUCGGCAGCACCCGAAUGAGUCCAUACGAUCUCCUGGCCAGAAAAUUAGUCACUGAGCUCGAUGCAGUUGUUCUUUCUGUGGAGUACCGCCUGGCCCCCGCUCACCACUUCCCUGUCCCGUAUGAGGACGUUUACCGUGUGGUCAAACACUUCCUCCAGAAGGGGGUGCUGGCCCAGUACUCUGUGGACCCAGGACGCACGGCUGUGUCUGGGGACAGUGCUGGAGGGAACCUGGCUGCUGCCGUCUCUCAACAGUUACUGAAAGAGCCUGGACAGGAGAUCCAGCUGAAGGCCCAGGCGCUCAUCUACCCAGUGCUGCAGGCGCUGGACCUCAACACUCCUUCAUAUCAGCAGAACAAGGACAUGCCCUUUCUACCCCGGACCCUCAUGGUGCGGUUCUGGAGCGAGUACUUCACCAGCGACAAGGCUCUUUUCAGAGCCAUGAUGGCGAACACCCACAACAACCCAGAGUCUUCCAGCCUGCUGAAGUUUGUCGACUGGAGCGCCUUCCUUCCUGAAACGUACCACAGAGAAUACAACUACAGUGCGCCCGCUGUGGUGCAGGGAGUCGGAGGGGAGGCAGUGGACAGACUGUCUCGAUCAUUGGCCGACCCGAGGGCGUCGCCGCUGCUGGUUCCAGACACGGCCUUACGCUCCCUGCCCAAGGCCCUCAUCAUCACCUGUGAGUAUGACGUGCUCCGAGAUGACGGCAUCAUGUAUGCCACGCGGCUCCGGGCUGCUGGUGUCGAGGUGUCCCAUGAACACUAUGACAAGGGAUUUCACGGAGCGCUGAUGUUCACCGUGUGGCCGACCGACUUCCUGAUUGGACGCCGCAUGACAUACAACUAUAUCAAGUGGCUCAAGGAAAACUUGUAAAAACUCCUGACUUAUCGCCACAAUGCACCAAUGUUUGUUUAGGUGCAAUUUGUUUUCCUUCUGGUGUUUAACUUUUUAUUGUUUAAUUCUUAUUUGUU